AUGCGAAUCGUUUUUUUGUUGACUGCAGAGCAGCAAAGACGACGACGUAAGGCUAAGUCCCGGCCGCGCUAUAUGCUUCGGGUCACAAAAAUCGAACGGGAAUCCGAAGGAUCUGAGCCUGGUUCUAUACGCCCGACGUUCUUCUUCAGAAUUCUACAGGUUUCCAUUUGUUGGUUUGUUGCGGCUGACCUAUUCCCUGGGAAACCCUGCUUGAUUGCGAUAAAAACGCGAGCCAGUCACCAAACUGUUAGUGAGGAGAUCAUCAUGGCCAUCAAGGCUGCAGUAGUCUGCAUGCUUGAGUCUUUGCGAGCUGAUGAACACUCAAUUAAGCUGAACCAUGAUUACAUUUUCUACCCGCCCUCUUCGUCAUUUAAACCGGCAACCUUUAGCAUUCCAGAUUCGUCUCUUAACACACAACAAUAUCAUCAAAACGGCCCAGUUUUAGCUCCUCUGUCUUCAUCCACAUGCCAGACGGCUCUUUGUCUUGAUGCCACAUUAUUAGCAAAUUCUAUUGCUUCUACUUGCGGACAGCCAAUCAACUCUCAACAAAAUCUGCUCUUUCAUCGCCUUAAUCAACUUCACUCACAGCAUCAACCAUCAAAUCAAGUAUUUCAAUAUCUUCCAGUUUCAACUCCAAACUUCCUGGCCUCUAAUCAAUUUUCGCAGCAGCAACAGGUGAUGCAAGCACAACAGCAGCAGGCUCAGCAAUAUCAUCAUUUACAGCAGCAGUCGCUGCAGGUGCAUCAACAUCCUUUGCAUCCAGUAUAUUCAAACUUUUUGCCGCCCAUCAUUUCGUAUCCCUGCGAUAUUGUAAAUGACGAUGAUGAUGAGGCUGCCAGCGACCUCUCCCGGCCUGCCUCGCCUAUUGAGCUCAGGUCACCUUUUCAUCCCGAGGCCGAGCUUAUAGUAGGAGCUUCCUCUAACCAUGACGAGACAAUUUCUAGCUCAGCCCUUAUUGGCAGCUCUGGAACUGGCGAACCUCUUGACUUUUCAGCUACUCACUUUACCCCAGCAUGUCAAACCACCGCUUCCUCGGGUCUGCAAGAACAUAUUGGAGAUUCUUUAGCUGGCAUACUUAGCUCUGCUGCUUCUCAAGAUCUCUAUACUGUAGGCGAAGAAGCGGCAUCUUCGUCAACUCCAAGCUACCAAACGGCAUUCGACGAGGUCGCUCCAAUAACCAGCACUCUAAUUCUCCCCGGGGGUGCGUCUUCCACUGCCUGCGUAUUCGCAACCGCCGCACCUUUCACUUCCUCUUCUUCUACUCUAACUGGCGCUCAUUUUUUUUCACCGUCCAUAUUCCCAUAUUUAGGUGUGCCAUUUCCUUCCCGUCUGUGGCAAACCUUUACUGAGUCUGUUGGCCUUCGUCAAGAGUCUUCUAUCGCAACUGCCGCUGUUAUUUCCUCUCCUAGUACCACUGCAACGACUCAAGGAUCCAUUGGACAGGGCACUGAAAUACCCCAUGUAACCCUUUCUACCAAUCAGCCCACUGUAGAUAAAGCUGGCCAAACAGAGUCUUUUCCUCAACCUGUCAGUCCUACUUCGCUGAAUCGCAACGGGUUUGUCACUAAUUCUUCUUGUACUGGAAGGCCUACCGAGUUUAGGCCUGAAAUUGGUGUUAGCGCAGUUAGUCCUGGUCCUGCAGCUUGUGGCAUUGGUUCCAGUUGUGGAGUCGUUGAUGUUGGAAUUUCGCCCUCUCCAUCUGCCUCAUUGUCAUCAGCUUCCUCAAUGGCUUCUUCUUGCCUCCAUCCACAACUAGCCACUUCAGCCGAUUCUGGAUUGUUGCUGCCGCCCGAGACAUUUAGCCAAACACCCGUCCACUUAUUUGGCAUACCGGUCCCUGUUGGCUUUGAAGAUGCUUUGCGUGAGCUUGUCACUCGUCUAUCUUCUUCGCAUCGUAAUCCACUUAUCAUAGUUCCGAGUCGUCAAUGUCCAUUAAUUGUUCCGCCCUUAAGCUCUGCCGCCCCAUCUGCAGGCUUAUCAGUUCCUCCAAAUCCUGAUAAGAUUUCGCCUGUCCGUCUACUCGAGGUUCCUGAUGAUCACAUAUUCAUCGGUAUAUGUCGUCGGCCGCUGGAUGAGCCCGGUGAAGAAAUUUCCGGUAGCGCUGUUAACAGUAACUGCGGCAUCACUAUAGCAAAGUGUAUCAAGGAUCGAGCAUUCGUGGUUACUCAGGAGACUCAGGCAGACGGUGCAGUUCAGCCGCGUAUAUACAGGGCUCCUGCCCAAGGUGCCGUUAUAUUGACGCCAUCUGGGGAGAUUCAUCUUGUGGAACGUGCAACUCUGGUAGUACCGGUCCCACCAGUAGGAACUUCAUCGUUGACUGAAGAAGAUGGUAAAAAUGCAAGCUUGCAAUCGCGAGAAAUAGGGAGCGUGAAACUUCGUGAGCUGCCUCUUCCUGCUGAUAUAGAAUCUCUUAGUUUUGAUGACGUCAUUAGUCUUAUGCUCGCAGUUCGCAGUAUGACUCAUUUGGGAACCGGAGCAGCUAGCUUCGCCGGCACUGCGGAAGGACUUGGUUUUAGUGGUUUCAGCAGCGCUAGUAACAUUUGCAGUAACGUUGGUUUCUGUUCAGAUGGUGGAGGUACCGGCGGGAUAGUAAGCGGUGGAAUGGGUGGGACUGGAGCUGUUUCUUGCGGACUGGAAAUGUCUUUGUCUAUCCCAAUCUCUUCUGGUAUGCUGACUUCAGGUAUUUCUAUUCCUUCGGAACCCCAACAACCCAACCUUGGCUUAUUAGUCGGCACAUAUAACCAAUCUCAGAUUCACCAACUCCAGCAACAACCACAACAAAAUUUACUUGGUCAAAAGCACAUUCAUCAACACCAGCAGCCAUUGACUCAGUCCAAUCUGCUUCAUGCCACACCUGAUCUGCCUCCUGCUGUCAGAAGUUGUUUAUCUCCACAAGCCCUUACUAUGGGCGAGACCACUCACUUUCCCUGUGACUAUUCGAACACUGGCACACUGACUGCUGGCCCAGCUUGUGUAGAUUCGUCUGGGCUGAUAACUUCGGCUCCGAGUCUUACGAAUGUUGGUAUACUACCAGAUACACAGCCGAAACUACUGGGGGUGAUCGGACCCAAUGACACUUUUUUGGCCACCCCUUCCACAGGGUCUGACUGUCCCUCUGUUACUUGUCCUCUUAUAACCUCCCAGCCUGUAUUAGGCCAGGCUAGGCCAACUCCCGACCAGCAUGGCCAGACGCAAGUACAAUUCGGCCAAACUCAUAUUCAGCAAUCACAACAACAGCAGCGACAACUUGACGAAUCUUUUAUUCCUCACAAGACUAAUGAUCGAUUAAACCCUGCAGUUUCAGUUGACCAGGCUCUAUUAGCCAGGUAUCAACAGCUAGUACUCGCUAGCCUAAUUCUUCAACAACAGCAACAACAGCAACAGCAGCAACAACAG